CCAUUCAUUUCUCAUCCAAUACUUCCUGUGAAAGGUAAACAAAUGGCGCUCCGCACUCUAAACUGUAAAAUGAUUCAAAAUGUAAGCCGAAUACGCUUAUUUAAGAGUUCAAAAUGCCCGGUCAGAAAAGAAAAUAUAACGUUCGCUUUCCACCUGGACGCAUCAAGAAAAUAAUGCAAAAGGAUACAGAGGUUGGACGAAUCGCUACAGCUGUACCAGUCAUCAUAUCUAAAGCUUUAGAAAUGUUCCUCCGGUCCCUCCUCACCAUGACCUGUAAAAUAACCCAAUCCAGGAACAGCAGAGUGAUGUCCAUCAAUCACAUGAAACAGUGCAUUCAUUCAGAGAAGUUGUUUGACUUCCUGAAGGAUCUGGCAGAUCAGGCCUCCACUGCUUCAACAUCAGAGUGCAAAACUAAGGGCAAAUGGCAGUCACACAGGAAACGGUGGCAAAGUGUGUCUAUCAAAGCCAGGUCACCGGAGAGGGAGGAGCCAGCUCAGAAAGCCACCAAUGAUCUGGUCAUCAACAGCGAUUCACCCAGUGAGUCUGAGCUGUUCAUCUGCUUGGAAACUCAUUCACCUUGACCAGGCGUUUGAAAAGUUUGACGAGAUCGAACAAUCUCUUGCUGAAAACUGCAGUAUUGUUUAUGAAGAGCCAACAUCUUUUGGGAGGGGGGUGUUAUUGUUAUUCUUAGCAUCUGAUAUAAAUAUUUGAUUUUUAAUUUGUGAAAUUGCUCUGUUGUGGUAUUAUAUUGACCAUGAAUUGAAUUAUAUAAUUUUUGUUUUCAAAUUUUCCAGGGAGUUUUAAAUUCCGAUAAGGAAGAAAAUAAUUUGUUUAUUAUAUUAGAGAUUUUGAGCAGCUCCGCUAAUUUUUCUUUCUGUUGGAUUCAUAAUUAAAACUGUAGAUUGAACUGUCUGUUUGUAAUCUAACAUGACUUUCUAAGAUGUGAUAUAUAUUUAUAGUUAAAUGUAAAUAGUUAUUUUUUUUCUUUUCUAUCUGUCAUCUUUAAAUGCAGGUCACUAGUUUUGUUAUUGUUAUCCACAGUAGAUUACAGGGAUCUUUAAGUGGCAUAUUGUAUGACAAGGUCAGUUGUAUUUUAUAGUAAAUAUUCUAUAAGGUAUAUUUUAAGAUGUCAGUAUUACACAAUAUUGUAUAAAUAUGCAUUUUCUACUCCUAACAUAACUACUGUGAUAUGACAAGAUGUAGUAGAAAUGUUUAAAAUAACCAAGCAUCUAUUAUAGGGUAAUGCAAAAUAAUGGCUGAAUAAAAUAACUGAGGAUGAUGUU